GACGUUAGGUCGCAUUGCGGUGCUGCAAGUGCGCAUAUAGCCGCAUACAUUUUUUUAUGUAUUGUACAAUACGGGACCGGGGAUCUGCACACAGCACCGGGUUGGCAUAUACACACAAGCUACAUCUGUUGUUGACCCCAUGGAUUCCAUAACAGAUAAAGCACAGCAACUCCGCCAUAAAAUAUCUCAGGCGGAGAAAGAGCUUCAAGAUUUGCGAAGACAACUAGAAGAAAUAGAGGAGUCAAACUCCCAGAGUCAAGAUACGAAUCAGCAGUUCGGUUCGACUUCGGAAUCAGAGAAUACUAAACAUGAACUCCCGGAGUGGAAGUGGCCCUUAAGCGAAGAAGAAUAUUCUCGCUAUGGCCGCCAGCUUAUAUUGCCUACUGUCGGCAUCAAAGGCCAGCUGCGCCUCAAGUCUGCCGCCGUACUGAUAGUUGGCGCCGGGGGGCUGGGCUGCCCAGCCGCUGCAUAUCUAGCCGGUGCAGGAGUAGGUACUCUUGGAAUCGUCGAUGGUGAUACCGUAGAAGUAUCGAAUCUACAUCGCCAGAUCGCACAUAACACUCCAAGGGUCGGCAUGAUGAAGGUAGACAGCUUGGUCGAAUAUUGUCGAGGACUUAACCCGAACGUGUCGUAUGUAGCACAUAGAGAACAUCUCACCCCCCAGAAUUCCGAGGAUAUCGUUUCUAAGUAUGAUCUGGUCCUCGAUUGUACGGAUCAUCCGACGUCUCGGUAUCUAAUCUCUGAUAUCUGCGUUUUGUUACAGAAGCCACUCGUCUCCGCAUCCGCCUUACGGACAGACGGGCAGUUGAUCGUCCUAAAUAACCCACCCGCAGCUCAAGGUUCUACGGAAGGUGGUCCAUGCUACCGCUGCAUCUUUCCCAAGCCACCCCCGGCCGAGAGUGUAGUCAGUUGUGGCGAGGGUGGAAUUUUGGGACCGGUGGUUGGGGUUAUGGGCGUGCUACAAGCACUUGAAGCUAUUAAAUUGGUCGUUGCUGGAGUCGGGAAAGAUUCAAACUCAACUUCCAAGGAUCCCGUCACGCCGAGUCUACUCUUGUUCUCUGCUACCUCGACUACGCCAUUUCGCUCGAUAAGAAUGCGGAGUCGACGACCUAACUGCUUCGCCUGCUCCUCUGAAUCAACAUUGACUCUAAAAGAAUUAAGAGCUGGUUCCUUGGACUAUGUCCAGUUCUGUGGGGUAACCAAGCCGGUCGAUGUCUUAAAGCCCGAAGAAAGGGUGUCUGCUACGGAGUAUAAUGCUAUUUUGACCAAACAGUCCGAUAUGGAUCACUUGUUACUAGACGUCCGCGAGAAGGAACAUUUUGAAAUUGCCAGUAUACCAGGCGCGAUCAACGUGCCCUUCUCAACCUUACAGGCACGCAGUAAAAAUUCCAGUUUAGCACCAGAAUAUAUCCCGAAAUCACUGUCGGCUAAUGCACCGAUAUACGUCAUCUGCAGAGUGGGCAACGACUCCCAGUUAGCAACGAGAAGGUUGAAAGAGAUGGGCCUAGAUGCGAAUGGAGAACGAUUUGUGGGCGAUAUUGAAGGAGGUAUGCUGGCCUGGAAACGCCACGUCGACCAAACGAUGCCUUUCACAUAACCGCUCAAGUCUCGACAGCGCAUAUAGUUCAACGACACGAAAUAUAGAGGUAGGAAUGGGGGGUUCCAUUUCAAAAAUCAUACCAAUUCCUUCUGUUAAUACAUUAGAGGGAG